UGUGAAUGGUCCGGUGUCUUCUGGGACACAUGACAGGUCGCGCAUGCGCAGUGGGCACCCGGCUGUCACAGAUGCCGCCGCGGGAAGAAGAAGGAAGGACAACUCCUUGGAAGUGGGGAGCGGGUAGCUGUCAAAAACAGUCUCUGGUCAUCUCCUGUACUAUGUCCGCAGCCUCUGGCCAUCUCCUGUACUAUGUCCGCAGUCUCUGGUAAUCUCCUGUACUGUGUGCGCAGUCUCUGGUCAUCUCCUGUACUGUGUCCGCAGUCUCUGGUCAUCCCCUGUACUGUGUCCGCAGUCUCUGGUCAUCCCCUGUACUGUGUCUGCAGUCUAUGGUCAUCCCCUGUACUGUGUCUGCAGUCCAUUGGUUCAGAAUAUUUUUUUUUCUUGUUUUUCUCCUCUAAAACCUAG